CCUAUUGGAGAUUUCCCUACUCCAGAAGAGUUGGCGAAUCUUGAUGAAGACUUUUUAGCCAAGCGUUGUAACCUUGGAUAUCGAGCAAAGCGAAUUAUAUCCCUUGCACGGUGCAUUGUGGAAGGAAAGGUAUGCACACAAAAUCUGGAAGAAAUGCUCAAAAUGUCAGCUACAGAAGAGAUAUCUACCAUCCCAUCCACCUACGGAAGACUGGAUAAAGAGUUAUCUACUAUCUCCGGAUUUGGCCCUUUCACUCGUGCCAAUGUGCUCAUGUGCAUGGGAUUUUUUCACAUGAUCCCAGCUGAUACCGAGACAAUUAGGCACUUAAAGAAGUGUCAUAAAAGGGCGAGCACCAUUAAAUCUGUUCAUAUGGAAUUGCAUAAUAUCUAUGGCAAGUACGCUCCAUUUCAGUUCUUGGCAUACUGGUUUGAGUUAUGGGGCUUCUAUGACAAGCAAUUUGGAAAGAUCAGUGACAUGGACCCAUCCAAAUAUGGGCUCUUUACUGCAAGCUAUUUGAAGAAGGCGGCAUCGAUUAGAUAGGAAAUUAGACAUGAGCCUUUCUUUCUUUUGUAAACACGGCCAUGCCAAAAUCAGCUUAAAAGACAUAAUUGUUUCUUGUGAAUGUUGUUGUAGUUGCUGGCUGAUUAUUUAGUGGUGUGCUAACAUUAAUUGCUAGUGGUAAACAAUUUUUUUUUGUAGUCUAUUCUAUUUUCUAUAUGAUGAGCACAUCUCAUAUUUUAGGAGAACAGAGUCCUGCAAGGAUUUAGUUUGUAGAAUUUUCAGAUUGAGACAAUGUGUUAUCUUUACA